CCUCUCGUUGUGGUGGACCUGCUGUUUCGCUCCAAGGGGGCUUUCACCGACCUCCCCUUCGUGAUCAACCUCGUGUCGCUGUUUCUGGAUUUAUCGGUGGAGCUUCCCCUCCACAAAGCAUGCCAACGCGGCUCUCUCGAGCUUCUGGAGCGCAUGUGGGGCGCCAGCGAGAAGUUUGUCAACAAUUUCGACUACAAUGAAGCCUGGACGCUGCGCAAAUACAUUCGCACAGACCCACACUAUCGGCAGUUCCAGUUCACGAAGUCUCUGACGGAGGCAACUCGCCUCAAGAACGUGGAGAUGGUCACGUGGUUAGCAGAGAGAUUCCAGGGGUUCACUGUGAAAGAGAGCGUGGUUACGGAAGCUGCACGCGUUGGGUCUAUUGAGAUUCUUCGGCUCUUCCGUGACUAUGACAACAGCUCGGCCGAUCCAAGCAUCCGAGACGCCGGCGUUGGGCUUAAAGUCGAAUGGACUAGCCAACACGCUCUGGCGGCGGCACAAAAUGGUCACGGGCGCGUUAUCUGGUGGCUACAGUUCAAAUGCGGCUAUAUAGAUGUGCGGGCUAGGACCGCUGCUUUGGAUGCAGUGAUAAUCAAUGGCGACAUCGUGUUGGCCGAGUGGUUGUUAGGCCAUUCGACGCCGUGGGCUCAGCACGAUGGGGACCUUCACCCACUGCACCACGCUUCCGCCACUGGGGACCUGGAUGUGCUGGAGUGGAUCUUCAAAAAUACCAAUUUUGUCGUGUACGUUGGCCUGGUGGCGGUAGCGGCAGCAGGGGGGCACCUCAAUGUCGUUCGCUGGCUGAUUGAUCGCCAGGUAGCUGAUCAGCCUAACAGCCCGAAAUACACGAAAGCUGCCAUGGAUGGAGCGGCUGGGAAUGGCCACUUGGCGGUCGUGCAAUGGCUUCACCAACACCGAAGUGAAGGUUGUUCUACGAGUGCCAUGGACGUCGCAGCUACGAACGGCCACUUGGACGUGGUGCAGUGGUUGAGUGCGAAUCGAGAGGAAGGAUGCACCACUGAGGCUAUGGAUGGCGCUGCGAGGAAUGGUCAUCUCCUAGUUGUCGACUUUCUCCACGAUGGCUUGAAUGGUUGUACGACUAGGGCCAUGGAUACAGCAGCAAGCAACGGACAUCUUGCCGUCGUAGAAUGGCUAAGUGACUACCGAUUCGAGGGAUGUACGACUGAUGCUAUGGAUGAAGCAGCUGAAGGGGGUCAUUUGGAUGUUGUAAAAUGGCUACACCGUAGUCGUACCGAAGGCUGCACGGUUAAAGCAAUGGAUAGCGCGGCGAAACAAGGUCAUCUUGGAGUGGUCCAGUGGCUCCACGCGCACCGCUCCGAAGGAUACUCACGAGGGGCGAUUGCUGGUGCUGCGGAAAAGGGGAACUUUGAGGUGGCGAUAUUUCUGCAAUCGCAGUGUCGUUGGCAGUGUACGGAGGACGUGUGGUUUUCGGCGCUUGAAAGCUCCAGUCCAGAGCUGGCGACGUGGAUCCGAGAGCAU